GGCCCGCCAUUUUGUGGAGCCCAGGAGAGCGGGAAGGAGCGGAGCAGGCGGCGCGGCAGGGAAGGGCGGAGGGGGUUCGGCGACCAGGGGGCGGCCCGGAUGGUGAAAUCCUCCCUGCAGCGGAUCCUCAACAGCCACUGCUUCGCCCGCGAGAAGGAAGGGAAUAAAAAGACCCACCGAGACACCAUGCCCGCCCGGCCCGCCAACGCCGCUCUCGGCCGUUCCAGGAUGGCCUUCAAUUGCUGUAGUAACCUGGGUCCGGGGCCUCGGUGGUGCUCCGAUGCCCCUCACCCACCCCUGAAGAUCCCAGGUGGGCGAGGGAAUAGUCAGAGGGAUCACAAUCUUUCAGCUAAUUUAUUUUAUUCUGAUAAUCGGCUGAAUGUCACAGAGGAAAUCCCAUCCCACAACAGGACGCGGAUCCUGCAUGUCCAGUCCAGGCUGACGGAGGCCAAGCACAUCAGUUGGAGGACAGUGCUCAACAGCAACAACUUGUACAUCGAGAUCCCCAACGGCGCUCUGCCGGAAGGCAGCAAAGAUAGUUUCGCAGUUCUUCUCGAAUUUGCGGAAGAACAGCUCCAAGUCGACCAUGUGUUCAUUUGCUUCCACAAGAACCGAGACGACCGAGCCUCGUUGCUCCGUACUUUCAGCUUCUUGGGCUUUGAGAUUGUGAGACCGGGGCAUCCCCUUGUCCCCAAGCGACCCGACGCUUGCUUUAUGGCCUACAGCUUCGAACGCGACUCUUCGGAAGAAGAUUAGACAUUAUUUUUUUGUUUUGCGGUGUUUUCCCCCCUUUUUUUUUUUUUUUGUGUUCUUUGCCUCGUAGAGCUUUUCCUUGGGCAGGGGUCCUGUCGACACCUUUAUCCGUGUGUGUGUGUAUGUACGCAUAAAUGACUUCUUUGUACGGAUCUAUUUGUGUCGAGGUUGCUCUUGGUGGUGGGGGCGUUGUUUGGGGCCGGUGUUGAAAAUAAUAAUAAUUUCCUUGCUUUGGUCAUUUUUUUCUCUCUCUUCUUCUUUCCCUCCCCGCAUGUUGUGACCGUUUCCGAAAUAAAUGCUCACGCUCAACCGUUUUAGCGGCAUAUUUCUUGGAAGUUUUAAUAUGGUGUGUUUGUGAUACGGAAGUAUUUGCUUUGAUUCGAAAUAAAUAAACGAAAAGUUUAUAUUUUA